AUGGCCGACCGCAGGAGUGUGCGGUCUGCAAGCCGGCGCAAAUCACCUACUCCACAACCACCAUCCAAGGCGACCGCUACGCAAUUGGGACGCGCAUCGCGAGCAAGGAGUUUGCGCAGUGUGAGUCGCGAAGUUGAGGAUUUUAUCGACAUCCAGAAACCCACCCGCCGAAGCGCGCGACAAGCGAGCGUGACUACAAACGACGAGAGUGAACAUGAGCUACAAAAGGCGCGCAAGACAAAGCGCAAACCCGCAAAAGAGCUGUUGGGAGACCUCACAGUCGUUGAGGAGAUGGAUACCCAUAUUGACCUCGAACAAGACGAGGCCCCAGGUACGCCUACGCGCACCGAGCCCGAACAUGCGCCUUUCCAAUCGCCGGGCGCCGCAUCGCAAAUGUCUGGGACCACCGCGAUCUCCUCCUUCAGCAUGGUCGAAGCCGAGUUCCUAGAGCCUAGAUUCAUCUUGAAGCAUCUGCGCAAGUUGUGCGAUUCUGCUGAGGAGUUUUUGGAGCACAUUGCGCCUGACGGUGCGACGAUGCGAGAUGACCUGCAGAACAUACAAGAGAUGCAAAAACCAGGCUCAGCCUACAUGGAAGAAUACCUCGAUUUCAACGACGAGUUAAACCUGCACUUGAAACACUUCAAGAGCGAAGAACACAGCUAUAUACAUGUCAGAGCGCUUCACCGUGCUCUCUUCGGGACGAGUGAUGAUGUUGCAGCAUCACAAAGCGGCCUGGAUCUGAUUCUCCACCUCACCAAUUUACUGGUAUUGGCAAAGCAAAUGAUACACUCAAACCGCGAUGAUAAGAACACUUGGGACGUGCUGCGACAACUCGAUAACACGUUUCCAGCCCAGUUCAUGCAGUCACUCGAUCCGGAUAUUCAGCCAACGGCUGCAGGCGAAAGUGCGCUAUACAAGGAUACGUUUGAUCUUGCGCUGGAACUGCGGACACAACUAGCAAUACUUGUGCUUCAAAAGUCAGCCGAUAGCCCCAGCUUUGAUGCCCCAGGAACGAUCGAUGAGAUCUUCUUUUACGAUGAGUCGACCCGGGACCUACAUGCUGAUUCGGACAUUCGAGGGUGGAACAUGCCAGCCCUAGGAGGCGACGGCUCAUCGCUACCCCAAACAUUUCAAGACCAGGUUAUGAGGCGGGUGGACGAGAUUUGGAAAUAUCUCCCAGAGCAUAAGGCCGUGCAACGUGCUGAUCUGGAAGAGUUGAAACCGGCCUUUCCUUGGGAGCCAACUAUUCUUCGCCUAUUAGACUGGGUGCGUCUUCGACACAGGGAACUCAAAACUGUCAUCGACAAUCUUGGAGGACCAAUUGCAAUUACACGUAAUGUCAAGCAAGCUCUAGAGGAACCCCAGCCUGUCGUUGAAAGAGUUCUACGGGAGUCGCUACGCAAGAAACGGACUUCAUUAGGACGAGACAGGCGUCGUAGCAGCCGUAAGUUCGACCCGAAUGCCGAGGUAGAUUUGCGCGCUCUUGACGUAUUGAAAGCGAAAGAACGGGAUUCUGGCGUAUACCUGGGACCUGCAGCUCGUAUUCGGCAAACAGCUGAAGAAGUGCAAGAAGAACAGUCAGAAACAGAAGACCAACAGCAAUAUGAACGGGGCAGCGUGGUUGGGAACGAUACCGCUUCUCAACAGAAUCACAAAGGAACCUCUCAAGCAGUCGAAGAAGUGCAGGAAAAACAGCCAGAGAUAAACGACCAAGAAGACAAUUCGGAAUGGCAAACGUUGAUCGGAAGCGAGGAAGAGCACUCGGAAAAGCACCUGGAAGAGCAGCAGCUUGACCAACAACCAGUGGAAGACAUGGAAGAGGUUGAAGAACCCCAAGCCUCAGGCCCACCACAGAGCUCUGCGGCUCUGCUAAAGGCCCUCAAAGAUAUUCCGAAGCCGCAGAAAGAGAACCGACCAGUAUCAAUAUUCGAUCGUCAGACCACAGCGCAACGUGUCGAAUUCGGCGACGGCUUUGACGACACACAGCCAACGCCAGGCCCGUCAAAUACAACCAAAGGAAAGCAACCCGCAGGACCUUCUCCACGCAAACGUCGGCGCCCAGUAGACUCCGACUCCGACUCCGACUCCGACGCCUUCGAAGCAGAGGAUCGUGGCCACCAUGCCCCAGAGCGUCGUCGCAAAGCCCCCAUCGCAAAGAAACAACGCACUACCGAACCCCUACCCUCCUUCGCACCUCCCAGCCACCAACCCCUCCCCAAGAGGAAGAAUUUCCACCUUCCUCCACCUGGCGCGACCAACGCAAGCUCGCCCAAGAAAACCGCUCUCUCGACCUCACUCAAGCCCGAAGCAGCCGCACCGAACGCAAAGCCCGCGAAGCAUGGUCAAAUGAAGAGGAGGAAGCGCUAA